AUGGCGUCGAGCGAAGAUGCUGGCAAUGAGGAUGACACGGAACAGAAGACCACUGAGCCUGAGGAGCCGAAGAAAAACGCAAAGAAGCCAGGAAUAGCAACAACUGCGAAGAAACAGCCUCCUCCAGAGAAGCCCGAAGCAGUCUGGCUCCGGACAAAAGUCAUUCUCUCUUUCUGGGCGGUAGUAGUCUUCCUAGGACUGCCGAUGUGGUGGCAGACCACUUCAAUCUACAGAGCUCGACUUCCGAUACAACAGAUGCUGGAAUGGAGCGAGGGAACAGCAUGUCAGCCAGUAUUGCCCCUGGAGAUAUGGGUCGUCAGUCCAGACCUAGUAUGCGAAGAUGCUCGCCAUGUUGUUCAGACAGCUCAAGAGGUCCUCGACGCCAUGAACACCUUCCCUGUACAGCCAAUUCGAGUACGCCUGGCCAAGUCACGCCCUAUCAAGGAUAGAAAGGGUCAGCCAUUUGCCGAAGAUGCAGAUUGCUUCUUGGAAGACUACGAUCCUCAGAGCACGCAUCCAGCCUUGCAUUUACACCUUGUGCCAGACGAGGAUGCUACUGAACUUCAACUCUCCUUCGAUCCCCAUUCUGCAAGGGCAGACUUGAUAUAUGGCGAAGUCUCAACUCACGCUCUUGGAUCCUGUGCAGCGAGCACAAUCUACAAUAUCUUUGCUGAAGAGCAAGCUGGUCUAGCUUACAAGCUCGCGGCCCAAGAUAACAACAAUACCGCAGCAACGUAUCUGGAGUCUGUGCCUGAAGAUAUCAGAUCUGCCAUCACAGCUCGAGAAAAUCGAGCACUGAAGUAUGCAUCUACGUAUCAUCUCACGUUCUCUCUCUUUACGCCAGGUGGCUCUCCCUCAUCCUGGGCCAUUGAGUCUGCGCUCGAAACACACAUUCAGCCGUGGACCUCCGCAUUCUCCAUCAUCAGCAACUUCAGCAUCAAUUCUCAAAUACAGCCGUAUUCCGCCUACUCGCCGUCUAUCCAACCGUUCCAGGACAGAGAAACCAAUGCAAGCCUUCUUAGGCGCGAAGACCUGAGCGCCUUCAUCAAUGCCGCCGAAUGGCCCCUGUCCCCAAGCAUCGGCUCACAUGGACCAACCAUCAAUUUCGUCCUCUACGUCCCCUCCCCUUCCGAAAUACCCCUCACCAUCGAAUCUUCCGAUGGAGGAACCAGCUGGCUGAUCCCACAAUGGGGCGGCUGCCUGCGCACCUCGACCUCGCCACGCUCCACCCGGCCUUCGAAACAUUCGCCUCCCAGCUCCUCUCCCUCCUCGGCCUACCCAGCACGCCGCAACCCCAAAUGA